AUGGAUUCCGAAAGUCUUUUCAAUGUUAAGGGCAAGGUGGUGCUGGUCACCGGCGGAGCCAAAGGUAUCGGUCGCAUGAUUUCGGAAGGCUAUGUGACCAACGGUGCCACGGUUUAUAUCUCCUCUCGCGAUGCAAAGGCGUGCGAGCAGGCUGUCAGCGAACUCAAUGCGCUUGGCAAAGGCACGGCGCACGCGAUCCCCGCCGACUUCUACAAGUACGACGACAUCAAGAAACUGGCCGAGGAGCUUGGCAAGCGUGAAAGCAAGCUUCACGUCCUCGUCAACAACUCCGGUUCAAACUGGGGCGCUCCCUACGACGAGUAUCCCACUCAGGCCUUCACCCGCGUCCUCACCUUGAAUCUCCACCGUGUUUUUGAUCUGACUCAGCUCGUCACUCCGCUCCUGGAAAAGGCGUCUGCUCCGAAUGACCCGGCUCGCAUCAUCAACAUUGGCAGCAUUGACGGCCUCCGUGUUCCCUCGCUCGAGACCUUUGCCUACAGUUCCAGCAAGGCUGGCUUACACCACCUUAGCCGGGUGCUCGCCAACCACUUAGGCAGGCGCAAUAUCACUUCGAACACCUUGGCCUGUGGUCCCUUCGAGAGCAAGAUGAUGGCGGCCACCCUGAAGUCUUUUGGCGAGGCUAUCAAGGCUGGUGUUCCUCUGGGACGUAUUGGCACUCCACAAGAUGUCGCUGGCGCCUGUUUAUUCCUCAGCAGUCGCGCGGGCGCUUUUAUAAACGGCGCAACCAUCACCGUGGAUGGUGGCAGUGCGAUUGCAGCUAAACUCUAA